AUCUGAUCCGUCUCAUUGAGAAAAGAAGAUCUGAUGUGAAGCAGCACAUCAGAUCUCAGCAGAAAACUAAAGUUAGACAAGUCAAAGAGCUUCAGGAGAAGCUGCAGCAGGAGAUCACUGAUCUGAGGAGGAAAGACACUGAGCUGGAGAAGCUCUCACACACAGAGGACCACAACCAGUUUCUACAGAGCUACCCCUCACUGUCACAUCUCACUGACUCUGAAGACUCAUCCAGGAUCAAUAUCCGCCCUGUGCGACACUUUGAGGAUGUGACUGCAGCUGUGUCAGAGGCCAGAGAUAAACUACAGGACUUUGUUAGUGAUGUGUGGACCAAGAUCUCACUGACAAAGACUGAAGUGAAUGUUUUGCUAGCACAACCUCAGCCCAAGACCAGAGCUGAAUUCUUACAGUAUUCACGUCAGAUCACACUAGAUCCAAACACAGCAGGCAGCUCCCUCGAAUUAUCUGAAGGGAACACAAGAGCAACAGUGACACCAUUCCACCUUAAGAAGCAAAGUUCACAGAGUAACGUGUACAGCCGUCAGGUCCUGAGCAGAGAGAGUCUGACUGGACGAUGUUACUGGGAGGUGAAGUGGAGUGGACCUAGAGUUUCAGUAGCAGUCACAUCUGCACAUAUGAGAGAACCAGUAUAUGAAACUAGAUUUGGGAACAAUGACACAUCUUGGGCAGUAUAUUGUUUGGAUGGUUUUUAUGAAUUCAGACAUAACAGUAUCAGCACUUCCAUCUCAGGCCCUCAGUCCUCCAGAGUGGGAGUGUACCUGGAUCACCCUGCAGGUAUUUUGUCCUUCUACAGAGUCUCUGACACCAUGACUCUCCUCCACAGAGUCCAGACCACAUUCACUCAGCCUCUCUAUGCUGGACUUGGUGUUUAUUCUUAUAAUCACACUGCUGAAUUGUGUGAUCUCAAGUAGACAGGUGUUAUAAACAAGACAAAGGCUGAGAAUCUACUUUUAGGUAGUAAAUUUACUCUCCAUCUUUAUUUGUUCAGCUCUCUGUCCUGUGAUGGUUCUGCACUAAACAGUCACUCAAACAGUGUGGGUAUAUGUAGAUAUAUGUAUAUCACGCAUAUAUGUAUAUAACUUGAAUAUCAGAUGAACAGAAAUGAACAGAAUCUAUAAGUGUGGGGGUUUUCUUUUCAAAUGUAUUAAGUCAAAUAAUAUUGUAGAGCUUAAAGUUUUUUCACAUAAUGUUUGUAUAGUGGGAAACUGAGUAAUUGGAAACAAAAAUCAAACACGUCAACAGGUAUGUAUUUUAGAGUGUUUAUAUAUAGAAAUAAACUCAUGCAAUUAUUGAUGUAUGUAUUAUUUUGGUUAUGAAGUGUUAUAUUUGAGCUCACAGUUGAUCAUAAUUGAUGUUUUUUUUGUUCUUGUCACUUUUUAAUGUGUAAAUAUAUUUCAAAAGUGUAGUUAAGAUGUAUAAUUAUUGUUACUAUACUGAUAAUCACUUGUGAAGCAUUGUUUAUUUUCCUCUACAGUGCAGAUAUUCUGGUUUAUCAGACUUAAUGUGGAUUAAAUGAAUGGAGAAACUGAACCAGGAUUUAUUAAUUAGAUCAUUUAAUAAAGUUGAUUUUUCCCUCAAGGACUGAUAAAGUAUUUUUUUAUGAAUGUGUGGAAUAAAACAUUUCUUUGGUUCUGCUUUA